AUGUCAAACAAGCACAUACGACCAUGCUGCGACAGGCUAGCGGAAAUCAGAAUAGAUAGCGAUGUUGGAGAAUACGAGAGCUGUGGGGCUGGAGUAGGGCUGAAAGGACAGACAAAUCUUCUUGCAGAGCUCUGUCAAGUCCAACCAAUCCGAACAGAUCUUGAUCAACAGAAGAGGAACAAGUGGUAUCUCGAGCAUUAUUGCGUCAAUAAGGAUAUAAGUCAGCUUGGGAUCCACCUAAGAAAACAUAACAGAAAGAAUAGCGACGAUGAAAUUAGGUUAUUUGUAUCGAAUUUGUGCCUGUAUUUGUACAUUUCUAACAUCCGUUUGACAGAAAACGGAAUUCCGUGGAACUCGGGAAACUGAUAAAUGUUAAUGCUAGACAGUCUAGGGAAACAGAUAUAAAAAUAAUAGUAGUUGUAAUUUGAAACUACAAAUAUACAUAUGUAUAUUUAUA